UGCGGUUUAUUUUGUGAGACACAAAGAAACCAGACAAAGGUUUGCCAUGAAGAAAAUUAAUAAGCAGAAUCUCAUCCUCCGAAACCAGAUCCAACAGGCCUUUGUUGAGCGUGAUAUCCUGACAUUUGCGGAAAAUCCAUUUGUUGUCAGCAUGUAUUGCUCUUUUGAAACAAGACGUCACUUGUGCAUGGUCAUGGAAUAUGUAGAAGGUGGAGACUGUGCUACUUUGAUGAAGAAUAUGGGUCCCUUGCCUGUAGACAUGGCAAGGAUGUACUUUGCAGAGACUGUUUUGGCCUUGGAAUACCUUCAUAAUUAUGGAAUUGUACACAGGGAUUUGAAACCAGACAACUUAUUGGUAACAUCCAUGGGUCAUAUAAAGCUUACAGACUUCGGCCUGUCAAAGGUGGGGCUAAUGAGUUUGACUACCAAUCUGUAUGAGGGUCACAUUGAGAAGGAUGCCAGAGAAUUCCUUGACAAACAAGUCUGUGGUACUCCUGAAUACAUAGCCCCUGAAGUGAUACUGAGGCAGGGUUAUGGCAAACCAGUGGACUGGUGGGCUAUGGGAAUUAUCCUUUAUGAAUUUCUUGUGGGAUGUGUGCCGUUCUUUGGAGAUACACCGGAAGAACUGUUUGGACAAGUAAUCAGCGACGAAAUCAACUGGCCUGAAAAGGACGAAGCACCACCUCCGGAUGCCCAGGAUCUGAUUACUCUGCUGCUUAGGCAGAAUCCUUUGGAAAGACUGGGAACAGGUGGUGCCUAUGAAGUAAAGCAGCAUCAGUUCUUCAGGAGCCUCGACUGGAAUAGUCUCCUGAGGCAGAAAGCGGAGUUUAUUCCACAGCUGGAGUCUGAGGAUGACACAAGUUAUUUUGACACUCGCUCUGAGAAAUACCACCACAUGGAAACUGAGGAGGAAGAUGAUACCAAUGAUGAAGAUUUUAGUUUGGAGAUAAGACAAUUUUCUUCAUGUUCACACAGAUUUUCAAAAGUUUUUAGUAGCAUAGAUCGAGUCACUCAGACUCAGUGUGAAGAAAAGGAAGAUGCAGGAGACAAAGCAAAAAGUACUGCACUGCCUUCUGUGGAAUCUUUAAGCUGGAGUUCGGAAUAUUCCGAGAUACAACAGAUCUCUACAUCCAUCUCAUCUGACACUGAGAGUAGCCGGCAGCAACGCAGUUCUGGUUUGCUUCCAAAGUUGUCUGUAUCAGCUGAGGGGGAGCAGGAUGACUCCACUAGCUCAGUGGGACCCCGGGAGGAACAGGAAAAGUCUGCAGUUGUGGGUGAAGAAACAGUGCAAGAUGAACCUGAAGUAACCACUCCAGCAAGUACAAUCAGCAGCUCCACACUAUCAGUUGGCAGUUUCUCAGAACACUUAGAUCAAAUAAAUGGAAGGAGUGAGAGUGUGGACAGUACAGAUAACUCCUCAAAGCCAGCGGGUGAAAUUGUGUCUCAUAUGGCUCGUCAGCGACUGGAAAGCACAGAGAAAAAGAAGAUCUCUGGGAAAGUCACAAAGUCCCUUUCUGCCAGUGCUUUGUCCCUCAUGAUCCCAGGAGAUGUGUUUGGUGUUUCUCCUUUGGGAAGUCCUAUGUCUCCUCAUUCUCUGUCAUCUGAUCUUUCAUCGUCCCGAGAUUCAUCUCCCAGCCGUGAUUCAUCAAUUGCUGCUGCCAGUCCUCACCAACCUAUUGUAAUCCACAGUUCAGGGAAGAAGUAUGGCUUCACCAUCCGAGCAAUCAGGGUGUACGUGGGUGACAGUGAUAUCUACACUGUGCAUCAUAUUGUUUGGAAUGUGGAAGAAGGAGGUGCAGCUUACCAAGCAGGUUUGAAAGCUGGAGACCUGAUUACUCAUAUCAAUGGAGAGCCAGUGCAUGGUCUUGUUCACACGGAAGUCAUUGAGUUGUUGCUAAAGAGUGGCAAUAAAGUCUCACUGAUGACCACUCCUUUUGAAAACACUUCCAUCAAGACAGGACCUGCCAGGCGAAACUGCUACAGGAGCCGAAUGGUCAGGCGUAGUAAGAAGACCAAGAAGAAGGAAAGUUUGGAGAGGAGAAGAUCUCUCUUUAAGAAGCUGGCAAAGCAACCCUCACCUCUUCUUCAUACUAGCAGAAGUUUUUCCUGCCUGAACCGAUCACUUUCUUCAGGGGAGAGCUUGCCUGGGUCUCCAACCCACAGCUUAUCUCCUAGAUCACCUACCCCAAGCUACCGUUCCACUCCUGAUUUUCCAUCAGGUACUAAUUCUUCCCAGAGUAGCUCUGCUAGUUCAAGUGCUCCCAAUUCUCCAGCUGGUUCGGGGCAUAUAAGACCCAGCACUCUUCAUGGCUUGGGUCCAAAGCUUGGUGGACAAAGAUACAGGUCAGGAAGACGCAAAUCAGCUGGCAGCAUUCCCCUCUCUCCUCUGGCACGGACACCUUCUCCGACGCCUCAGCCAACAUCUCCUCAGCGAUCUCCAUCACCAUUGCUGGGACAUUCAAUUGGAAAUACAAAAAUAGCUCAAUCUUUUCCUAGCAAAAUGCACUCACCUCCAACUAUCGUAAGGCAUAUUGUCAGGCCAAAGAGUGCAGAGCCACCAAGAUCUCCACUGCUAAAGAGAGUCCAGUCUGAAGAGAAACUCGCGCCCUCUUAUGGCAGUGAUAAGAAACACUUAUGUUCACGAAAACACAGUCUGGAAGUGACCCAGGAAGAAGGGAACAGAGAUAUGUCUCAGAGGGAUGUAACUCUUCAGAGUUUGGAGGAGAAUGUAUGUGAUGUGCCAUCACUCACACGAGUCAGGCCUGCGGAGCAGGGCUGCUUGAAACGACCCAUCUCCCGAAAAUUAGGUAGACAAGAAUCCAUUGAUGAGCUAGACAGAGAGAAGCUGAAGGUCAAGGUGGUGGUGAAAAAGCAAGAUUUUGCUGAAAAAGCAAGUGCUGCAAUACAUGAACCUAGCAGUGAGCCAGUGAAUCCCAGUACCUUACGACUGGAAGAAAGAGACAAAAAAGCAUUCCAGAAGGUAUUAGAAAGAUCAAAUCAGUUUGAAACGAAAAUUGUUGCUUUGGAAACCCAGUCAGCUGGUGGCAUACUCAAAGACACUCUUCAAAAGAAUGCAAACUUGAGAUCAAAUGAUGUUGUUGCUUUAGAUGCACAGGGGUGUCAUGGGCCUCCCCUUAACGAACUCAGUCAUAUUUCUUACGACUUCAAAAGAAUUUCCCCUCCAUGUACACUGCAAGAUGUGCUACCUCAGUCCUCUGACAGGAUGCUAAAUGGAAAGGGAGAAAACACAGAUAAAACUGUACCAACAAAAGAAUUCGUCAAAUUUGAAAGGCUGGAUGGUAAACUUGCAAAUAUUGAUUAUCUCAGAAAGAAAAUGUCCUUUGAGGAAAAAGAUGACAGUGUCUGUCCAGUGGUGAAACCCAAACUGACAUCUAAUGUUCAUGAAUGCCUUCAAAUUAAUACAGGCAGACCCAUAAACAUACAGCAGGACUCCACUGCAGUUACAGAGAGUAGAGCAUUUAUUGGCAGUGCACAUGCUGCUCAGAUGAACUCAGUUUCUUUUGUUCCUCUCAAGACCUUGAGUGGCCGAGCGGACAUGAGUGUGGAAAAAUCAUCCCUUAUUUCCACUGAGGCUCCUGUCAGAAAAAGCCCAUCAGAAUAUAAACUCGAUGGAAGGUCUGUUUCCUGUCUGAAGCCAAUAGAAGGUACUCUAGACAUCGCAUUACUUUCUGGGCCACAGGCUUCCAAAACUGAGCUGCCUUUGUGUGUGCUGCCAGACGGACAGAGCACCAGCAGUGAUGGGGCAUCACCUAAAACCUCAGUGCCACAAGGGAGCAGUGGGAAGGCAGAAAUGGUCUGUCAGAAAGAACAGUUGUUAAGCUGUCCAAAAUCUGGCAAACUCAAUGUAUCAGAGCCUCAGGUUCUACAAACAGGCAAGGGUUCUCCAAAUCCACCAGUCAUCUCUCUGGCUGCAGAAGCAGUGUCAGAGAAAAAGGUGUCUAGUCCAUCUAAUAAAGGCAAUAUUUCUGUCAUUGAAGCUGUUCAAAAGAAAGAUACCUCCCCCUCAAAACAGAAGAACAAUUCAGUGGAGGCGAAGUCUUGUGUUACGCAGAGCAUUAAAACUGCUCAAACACACUCCAAACUUUCUGCUGUCCAAACUACUUCUGAAAAAGCUGUAGGAAAAGAGAAACAAAUACAAAAGGAUUCAUCUGCCAAACAGCCAGUAGCCCAGAGAGGCUGUGAGCCUAUCCCUGUGAAGGUGGAGGUGAUCAGGGAAUUGUCUCUGAAGGUAUCUGUUUCAGAUGUCCUGAUAACAAGCUACUCCAAAAGCAAUGAAAAAAGUUGUGCUGAGUUCGCCAUUCCACCUCAAAUGCAAGGAAAAAUGCAGUCAGCUGGCCCCAAGGCACAGCCUAGGGGUGUCAGAGAAUCACUGAAACAGCUAGGCAAAGAUGACAGCAGUGUUGCUAAAAGUUCUGUGGAGAGGGACAUUGUCAAACAGGAAGUUGAGACUAAAAAAGUUAUUGCAGAGUCAAGGAGUGAAGCUCCUCCAUCAAAAUGGUCCUUCCAACCCUCAAGAGAUUGUGAUCAUAAAACUGAGAAGCCUGCUCCAGUUUCCUCUGUGCAAAAGGACAAUGCCAAAGAUUUGGGAAAGAAAGAUCAGAAACCACUCACUGAGACAAAGCUCCAAACUACUGAGAGAGACCAGUCCAGUCAAGUUCCUCAGCAGCAACCUACCACUUCAGGCUCCCCUGCUGUGAAAGACACUGUAAGCAGACACUGCACUGUAGAAGUUCAUGUAGGUGUUCAAGAACAUGUGAAGCCUGCUGCCACCUGUGUGGACAGCAGUAAUAAUAAACACAGGUCUGCCUCUGACACAAGCUCCUCUAGGUCUAAGUCCUUGGAUAAACAGACAUUGUCACAAAAACCAUGCACUCCAACCAUAAAAGAAAAAGAAACUAUUAAUCAGCUGUCUGCCAAUUCCCGGAAGGAUGGAAAACACGUCAGUAAAAAUGUGCUAGAUCACCCUUCUUCUGUUCCAGGCUCUUCAAGAAGAACGAACACUGAACAUGUGCAGGCUGAAAGGCCCAUGAGUUUGGAUCGUAGCUCAGUCACCACCCUCCAAAUGAGCAGCAUCACCCCUGACACCAAACCUAAAUCCUCUGCUGUUGGCCCAUUACCAGCAGGCCCAGAGGGUUCUAAGCAGAUGCAGAAGCAAGAACCAGCAGGCUUGGGGGAAUCUGCUGAUAAAAAGCAAGUUCGCUUCAGUGAAAAACAAACCACAGCUCCAAAGUUUUCCACUGUGAAAGACUGUCUCUCACUGAACAAAGAGGCAGACCGAAGUCCUAGUACCGAGGUGAUCUCUGCAGACAAAAGACCCGAAGGAAAAAUAUGCACUGACGCACUUUACGUUCAGCUUGACAGUGGGAAAGUAGAGCCUACCCUUUGUCUCUCAAACUGUGAUGCCAGAGGGAAAGGAGCAGAAAAAACAAUCACAAGUAGCAAAAGCUCUCAAGAUGCAAAAGGGAAGGGACAAGCUAACCAGAAACAGCCAGAGGAUGCAAACAAGCAGAUUGCCAUAAAACAUCUAUCAGCUGCCAGUGGGCAGAGUUCUUCUCGUGUGGCUGCAACACCAGGAAAGACACUGACUUGUUCGUCCAAUUUCUCUGAAUGUAGGCAGGAAGUAUCUGUUUUGUCUUUGGCGAGGAGUGAUGCAUCUUCAGCAAAGGUUAAAGCAGGCUCACCUGAGCUUCCUGCAACUUGCAAGGAGCUGAGUAAGAAGAGCACCUCUUCUGCAGGGAGCAGCAAGGCAGAAAUGACUAAAAGCGUUUCACUGAUGGCCUUGCACAGUGUUGCUGUUGUAGCAGAAGCCCAUCACCCCACUUCAAACCUUGGGGGGAAACCUGGAAACCAAGAGAAGUCUCUUUUUGUUAACACUGUGGAUGUAAAGGGAAGAGAUGUUGUUCCAGCUCAGCAGUCUGCUUCAAAAAAACAGAAUGUAGGUAAAGAUUUAUCCAGGUCGGCAGCCACACUUGACCGCCCUAACGCACUUUCAGACGACAAAGACUCAGCUCGGCAGCGUCGAGGAAAGGAACCUUCGCGGAGCAGCACUCAAAAAAAGUCCUGUUAA